AUGCGACGAACAUUUGUCUCCACUGUUCUUCGUGCUGUGCCAAAAGCACCUCUUUUGCACCGCAGUUUUCCUUCAGCUGCAGCUGUGAGCGUUCCACUCUUCGCAGGGAUUCAACAACGCUCUGCGACCUUUGCUGCUCUCGCUGAUGCGACACGCCGCGAGAUGGAGGAUGAGCAGCAGCGCACCACCAGCAAAGAGAAGCCGAAGAUGCCGGAAGGCUGGAAACUGGACCGUAAGCCUGGCGAGCGGAUCUUCACGAUGCACAAGACGUUCGAGGAUGAGGAGAUUCUUCUCCGCUACCGCGACGAGGUCAACUUGGAGGAUGACAGGAAGAAGUACGAUUUCACUGUGUUCAUCACAAGCAAAGGCAAGACGCUUGAGUUCGAGAUGAGUUUUGACGACGAGGAGGUGGUGCUGGACCGCAUUCGCUUUCUGCCCGACUCGGCGCUCGCACUCGACACCUCCGCCGAUGCCCUCUCGCGGCGCUCGCUGCUGUACUCCGGGCCGGAUGUGAGGGAACUCGACGACGGGCUCGUGGACGCCUUUGUGUCUUAUCUUGAGGACCGCGGUGUGGAUGAUGAGCUGGGGGAGUUUGUGGAGGCCUACGCGGUGUGGGCGGAACAGGCGGAGUACGAGGCGUGGCUCAGCGGCAUUCACAAGUUUGUCUCGUAA